AGGUUGCUCGUAAUUAGCGAUCUCCUAAUUGCACGAUUGGAUAAAAGUCGCAAACCUAAAAUUAUAAUUUUAACGACCUAAUUACUAUGAAAGUACGAGAAAAGAAAAAAAAAAUUGCAACUUGCGAUUUAAUGAUAACAGAGUGCAGGUGUAGAUAAUCAAUCAAUCAAUCAAUCAAUCAAUCAAUCAAUUAAUGGCUAACAUUCUGUCGCUGUUUUAUGUGCAACAGAUUGUUGACUGGAUAGUGGAUGCGUUUUGGUGAGUGUACACCCAAAGACUCUCCUGUGAUUGGCAUCAUCAGAUUCAGAAGAUAAAAAAUCACAGCUUUUGAAAGGGGCUGAGCAGGAUAUCAAGCAUUGCGCAUCAUUCACAAAGAUGGUGAAGCGAGCGCUACUUGUGGGUUGUAAUUACAUCGGAAGGCCUUUUCGCCUGUAUGGAUGUGCAAAUGAUGUCCAUGCCAUGAAAUGCCUCUUGAUUGAACAGUUUGGAUUUCCUCCUGAAAACAUCACCAUUUUACUUGAUUGCGAUCCUUCCUACGAGUAUCCGACGGGAGCAAAGAUCAAAGAAGAGUUGCGUAAUAUGUGUGAUGGAGCAGUUGCAGGUGACAUUCUCGUAUUCCACUUUAGUGGCCAUGGGACACAAAUUCCAUCAGACGACUCCUGGUUAGUGGAAAUUGACGGGAAGGACUCCGCACUGGUCCCAGCGGACAUCAACCUCAUUGUGGAUGACGACCUGCGACUCAUCGUCAGCUUGUGUCACCCUGGUGUGAGGUUCACAAUGACUGCUGACUGCUGUAACAGUGGUGGUCUCCUAGACGGCAUUGAAGUUCCAAUAAAAGGCGAGAAGGAGUACGAUGACGACAACACCUUGAUCCGUUCCUUGAAACGUGCAGCCUCAGCCCCUCAAACAUCACCAAAAGAGCCUUGGCAGCCGGGAAAGACUGGGAACCCUGUCAAACCGAGACAUCGAGAUCUUACAAUAUCGGAUGGUGCUGUAACUGUAAGUGUUGCAAGUUUGAGUGCAGGAGGACGAGAUCCUGAAGGAACAGGAACGGCCGGCAUCAUCUUUGCGGCAAUCGCACCACCUAAAGAGGAUGUGGCGGCCCCACCCGUUGGGGGGCAGAAGGGCUCGGCCCCAGUGGCCAAAGAGAGUAGAAUUGCAUCCAGCCAGGGUGCAGAAAUGUCCGGACAGCGUACGAGCACCGCUGCUAAGGAUGAACACCAAGUGUUGCCGCCAGUUGUUGAUGAUGCGAAAAGCAAUGCCCCUUCAACAGCAACCGCGAUAUCUGUAUCCGCGCCAGAUAGUGCCGCAACUCUGGAGUCAGAACAGUGGGUACUUGUGGAUAAGGCAAUGACAGGUCCAGAGGCAGGAGCAGGCAAAGACUCAGUUCAACGGACAGGAGCUGCAAAGAAGGGAACCUCAAGGGUGACAACAAGACCGAGUGCUGUGAUAACCGCCGAGGCAUUGACGAAGGAGAUGGAGAACAUAAUGCUGGCAGAAGCAGAUGAUGAUGAUGACGGCCUGCAUGUCAUUCCUCGGUUUCUGGGACUAACUUCUUUGCUCAACGGACUGAGCGAGACACUAGGUCACAUAGUGGAUGCUGCCAAAAUCCGGCCGGCUCUGGAGGAGUUGUUUGGAAGCAAUGCGAGCCACAUGGUGCACAAGUACAAGGAAGAUGUGCAGAAGAUCGCCACCUCCCCGAAGCUCUCUCUGUCCACAAGUGCAGGGAAGAUGGCACAGCCAGCAGUACAGCAGAAGCCUCCAGAAAGCACCACAACCACAACCACGGUGUGCCAGCGAGACCAGGGACCCGCCUCCAAGGUUGAUGAGCCAGAACUAGAAACUCCUAAGUCCCUUGGAGUGCUGAUUACCGGAUGUCAGCGAUUUGAGAAAUCGGCCGAUGCAUGUCCUUCCGGGGUCCUCUCAGAAGCGUUCGGAGCCUUGACACAUGCCAUCGUCAAAAUACAUAAGGAGAAUCCGAAUGAGCAUUUCACUAAUCGAAGAUUGGUAUACGAGGUUCGUGAUCGCCUUGAGCAUAUGCGUUAUUCGCAGAACCCCUGUCUUGAAUGCAGUGAGGUGGAUGCCGACUUGCCAUUCAUAUGCUGAGAACAGGCAUGUAUAGGAGUCGCAGACAGGUCUCAUAAGCCGCCUGCAAUUGCGCACAAGGUCAAGUCUCAAUUGUGCAUGACGUCAGGUCUGCGAUCUGAACAAGGUCCAAGUCUGCAAUUGCGCACAAGACCAAGUCUGCGGAUCGCCCGUCUGCAGGACAACCCACAUUAGAUAGAGGUGUUGUUUAUUGCCCCAUCUUAAGAUAGUGUGGAUGCAAUGGUGCACAUGAUUAUAUUCGGUAUAAUAACAAUAUACAUAUCGGCCUUACACCUAAUUUGGCUAACUUCCUUGUUUUCCGCCCGCCAAACAGGGCCUAAUGGUCGUGGCUUCGUUCUAUUCUGAGGAGUGCAUCCGCAUUCCCUUUAACACUGUCAACUUAAUAACUUGAUAACCAAUACUAUGUACAAAACUCCAGUCAAACCCCCCAUGCUUCCUUCCAUUCUGUGUGCGUAAUUACUUAUUUUUAAACCACCAGUACUUCCGAGGCACUUCUCUCCGAUGCUGAAAACGCCCUGCACGCCAAGCUUUGUCGAAUCGCCAGCGCAUCCUUUUUUUUCGGUUUGCCUGGCGCCACCAGUCAUUGCCGUCAGGUAGGCCCGAAGCCUGGUUAACACGGUGCGUUGAUAAGGCCCGUGGCCGAUGUGUAGGCUUAUCUUCCCCAUAAAGAUGUCUGAGCACAGACUAAUCUCAUCCAGGGGGUGCUCAGCGUUGAAGGUUCGGAAUAUCUGCAUCCACUCCUAUACUAGAAGUCCAGCUUUUUUUUUUUUUUUUAACCACCGUUACCUUUCCCAUACAUCGGCCGUGUGGCCCUCACCGCGAGUUUCGGAGGCCGGAACACAGCGCUGAUGAAAUUUAUCACGGCCUGCGAAGAAUGCGGUAUAGGUUGUACUCCCACUUUGGACUAGAGCCUGGAAGGUGGUGGUGGCCCAGACUCCAUAGUUGUUGACUUAUUAUCUAGGCUACCAGAGUGGCCCGUGACUACUGGCCCGGCCGGGCCAAAAUAUUGACUUAUUAUCUAGGCUACCAGAGUGGCCCGUGACUA